AUGCCCUUGCAGCGCAUAGGAAGCGCCAAGGACGACAGGACGUCUGAAGCCGAGGAGGAGCAGCACAUUUCUAUGCAGAUGACUGAGUGGCUGAGCACCCUGCCGGCGUCCAUGCCAGUUCACCGAGGACAAGUGCUGAUCAUUCCCCAGUCGCCCUACAGGCAGAAUCAAACCGAAAACAACUUGAUGAAGAAGAAGCAAGUCGUUCCUAACUUGUCGCGAUUGGAUGUGGUCGAGCUUGACUGCAAUGACGAGGAGAUUCAUCCCUCCGGAGCAGCAGCGCACUCCAAGCAAGGGAACAAGGGCGAGGAGGAGGAAGCGAGCUAUGGCCAGGAGUCUCUGGUGUACGUCUCUCCGACUGAGAGGAGGCUGAGGAGAGAGUGCGAGCAGCUGAACGAGUUCUUGCAGCGCUCCCAAACCGAGCUGAUGAAGGUGAAGACGAAGCGACACAGGUACCUGGACUCGGACAGGAUGAAUCGAUCCGAGCUGAUGCAGACCAAGUAUCUCUUCGGCCACAAGAGAGCGGAGGCGAAAGAUGACCAGCCGCGCAGCAUGCAGGCUGAGAGCUGGUCGUCGACUCGCGGUCAGAUGCCAUACAUGUUGAACUCAUCCGAUUUGGAGAGGAAGCAGAUGUCUCAGAACACAACCGUCAGUCAGAAGAGAACCGGUUCUCUCCGCUCGUCCACCCUCGAGACUCCAAGGAUCGCUCGAACUCCAUACUCAGACGAAAACAAACAAAGAUUCUUCACUCCUCGCCCUCCCUCAGCUGCUAAGUCUGUGACGGAGAGUCCUCUAGCCAAGUCGCUCAGGUUUGACCGCACCGCAACAGCUUCCCCUUAUAGUCUUCGCCUCCGCUUCGUGAGCUCGCCUGGGGCGAAGACAGAGACUGUACUGUCGAAGAGCGCCUUGUCGAGCGGGAAGGAGGAGGUGAGGACGGACGAACACAGGCAGCACGAGGCUCCUGCCGACAACUCCUCGCGUCCUUUGAGUGCAGGGGCGAGAGCGCAGGAGGUGAACUUGACAAGGGAGAAGAUUUCUCUUGAGAACUUCGAAGACUAUCCUGAGAGAAACAUCAACAGCCCUCACUCCGUGUUGGCGAUGAAACGAUUCGGUGUCUUACAAGAAGACAUCCUUCCUCGUCCCUUGGAAUACUACCGCGAUCUUGACAUGAACAGCUCUCUCCAUAGCAAGGCGUCGCCGAGGAAGGACAAGCUGGACCCGAUGUUCCUCAUCCAGCUGAGAAUGGAGUUCGACGAGAAGAAGCACAGCAAGCGGCGCCCCCCCGAGCUCAAGGCCUUCGGAGCUGCUGCGAGACAGAACUACAUUGCUGAGCCCUCCGCCAACACCCAUCGCGUACAUGCGCGAGGGAUUGCCUCCUACAGCGAGGACUUGGCGACGACUCUGAGCGAGCGAUCGAGAAUCAAGUCAAGAAAGCUGCACCAGUUAGAGAGGAGGAGAAUGCAAACAGCGAUACGAAAACAGAUCCAGCUGAAAGACAAAGUCGACGAGCUGCAGGAGAAACUAGUGUCAAAAUUCAGCAACAGGGUGAAUCAGAUCGAGCUGAAGAAACGAAAGCUGAGGGAGAAUCGAGAGCGCAAGGAGAUCGAGCACUACCAACGAAGUUCCGUCAUGAAAGCAGAACGAGACAGAUUGUUCGAGCUCAAGAAAGCGAAGAUGAUCGAGAAGAAUGACACGGCUGAAAUCCUCCACCAAGAGGCUGUUGAGCAAGUGCGCAAACGACUACAACUGAAGGCAGAGAUUGACAACAUCAAACAAGAGCACCAGAUUAAGAUGAUGAAGAUGGCUGAACGAGCAAGCCUCUACAAGAGGCAACUGGUGGAGGAGAAGCUGGCGCGCGCUCAAGAGACUUCGAUCAAGAUGAUGAAGCAGAGAGAGCAGAUCGUGUCAGAGAGGUUGAAGAUGAAGCAGAUGGUGAUGGAGGAGCGCGAGUACGUCAACGAGCUCGUCGAGUCCUUCCAGACUACCGGGAAGUUCAAGAAGAGCGCCGACGGGCAAGAGAGUCAAGUGGUCAAGGAGGUGCUGAACCUUGACACGGACUCCCUGCCGAUAGACUUUGUCGACCGCAACCGAAAGGCUCGCUUGCUAGAGAACCAGAAGCCGUUCUUAGACUCGGUAGCCAAGGGAGACUACAGGUACUAUAAGUUUCGCCAUAGGGUCACCAAGGGAAGGAUCACAGUGCUGCUCAAGACCAAGAAAGGAGACCCUGACCUGUUCAUCGGGAACAAUCAGUGCCCCUUCCCUACAAAGCAGAAGAACGUCUGGAAGAAGUCAGAGUUCGGAGACGACAAGAUCAUUCUGCAUCCUUUCGAUCAAGGCUUCGUUGUGGGAUACAUCUACAUCGGCGUGUUUGGCUUCACAGAUGCGGAGUACGCCAUAUCCUUGAAAUGGAAGUCCUCCGACGAGAAAGACUUCCGCAAGUUCGAGAGGACGACGAUGAAACAAGCGCACAAGAUCGCAGAGGAAGGUGAGGUGGAAGAGGAGGAGGAGGACAAGGAUGGCAACAAGAAUAUCGUCGACAUGGGAUGGCAAGAAGUUGUGGAGCUGAUGGAGAUGCUCAACAUCGAUGAGUCGGUUCGGGAGGUUGUGCGGCAAGAGCGAGUACCAGGAAGUCAGAUCAGAGCCAUGUCUCUCGAUGAGCUGAUGCAAGACCUUAACAUGUCCAAGCUCCAAGCAAAACGACUCUUAAUGACAAUGGACGAGCAGUCGGCUGAUGCGAGUGUUUGUACAUGA